GAAUCGAUUACAUAAACAGAGAUAACUUCCUAUCUGAAUUGGAUAAUGGCGUCGUUAUAUGCCACUUAGCCCAAAUAAUCUGCGAAGCUGCCAAGAGGGCUUCAAAAGCUGGUUUAGUCAAAGGGAAUAUACCAAGCGUCAGAGGUAAAUGUUUCGAAAAAGCCAUGAGAAGAAGCUUUUUCUCCAGAGACAAUGUGGCAAACUUUCUCAAGUUUUGCAAAUCAAUAGGAGUUCAUGAAAAUCUUCUGUUUGAAAGCGACGAUUUAGUUCUACAUAACCAUCCACGUAGCGUUAUCCUAUGCCUCCUGGAAGUAGCCAGGAUAGCCACGAAAUUCGGCGUGGAACCACCCGGAUUGGUCCAGCUGGAAAAAGAGAUUGCAGAGGAGGAAAGGAACAACUCCGGGGACUCCGGACUUAGUUCGCUUUUAUCCUGGCAAUUCCAGGCCAGUCCGCCCCGCAUGGAUGGGGAGAUGAAAAUGAGCCACAGCAGAUCCACUUCUGCCAUAUCCCACUACGCUGAACGCUGGAACACCGGACCCAGAGUGAUCUUGAUCCAGGAUCCGAGAGAUAGUAGAGGAGCCGGCGAUUCCGGAGCGCUCAGUUCACUUCCGGCGAUCAAAAACACAGGGGGAGCCAGUGAUGGAGUGCCCAGCGAUCACACAGAGGACGAGGAAUGGUCGGGUGGCAGUCCGGAGGAUCCAGAUCUGGACGUGGUGGAUAACGGAAGAAGAAGCGUGGAUAGUAAAGGUGGAGGAGACACACCGACCCAAAACUUGACCACAGAACUGGACAGGAAGGUGCAGCUGGCAGCUAGGCUGAUGCAACGGAAUUGCAACUGUGCUAGCGGCAAAUGCGACAAACUAAAAGUGAGGAAAGUUGGCGAAGGAAAGUACAACAUCGCAGGGAAGAAUGUUUUCAUCCGUCUUCUGAAAGGCAGGCACAUGAUGGUCAGAGUGGGAGGCGGCUGGGACACCCUCGAUCACUUUCUGCUACGUCACGACCCCUGCCAGGUGAAGGUCGUGUCCAGGGACAGUCCGGACAGGACGGUCAAGGACGCCUCAAAGUACCUGCACAUUAGGGCUAAGUACCGCAGUCCACCGCCUAGGGACGACAGGGGGGAGUCCGUCACGCGCUGAGACACGAUUGCGUCACCUAACCCAGCCUAUCAUUUCACUGUUCAUUUUCAUUUGUUUAGAUGUUGUUUUAUGUUUUAUUUUAUUAUUAUUUCGGUAGAGAGUUACGGAAUAAUCGUUUUGUUGCUGGUAUCUUUAGUUUUUGAAUAAAAUGCAUUUUCGUUUGGUUU